AUGGAUUUUUUUCUCAAAGAACCUUUGCUAGACCAAGCAAAAAAAUUGGAGAUGCAAGAAAUCGAGGAUGAUUUCCGGUCAAAAAUAGAAUUGUUUUCAAGUGAUCAGAGUCCCGAGUACGAGACAGUCGAUAUACUUCCAAAACCAGGAAUGGUAUUAAAAACAUUGGUUAAAACCUCCAUGGAAACAAAUAAAUAUCCAUCAAAUAUGAAAUUUUUUAUAAAUAUGUGUUAUUCAGAUAAAAUACCUAAGCCUACUUGUACUAGUGAAGAAGAACUUCGAAAAGCUAUGAAUGGUGAUGCUGAUGCUAUUUAUCGAGUACCAAAUGUUUUGAAUGACAUAAAGUUUGAUAAAGAUGCAGCACAGAAGAAAUGUCUUGUAUGCGAUUUUAUUGUGAACAACGAGGUGUAUCAAAGAAUUCUAAAAGAUUAUGAUUUUAAGUUGUAUGUGAGUGAAGUGGCCGUGGAAUUGAUUGAAGAAAAAAACAUGAUUGAACUUGGCAGAGAAUAUACAUUUCCUAAAAUGCAUUAUAAAGGCAUUAUAGAGAGUAGAACAGUGAAGAUUCCAAAGAAAAAAUUCUCUUUAAUAACCGAAAUUUCCAAGCCAAUCAAAGAUCCGACAAACAAGGUAAAUGACAAUAAAAUCAAAGACAACAAUGAUGAAGAUGAUACUUCAAAUGUUCAAAAACCUGGGUAUAUAAUCACAGAACAUGAUGCCAACAAUAUAAACUAUUUAUUAAUAGCAAUUGAAAUAUCUUCUUUAGAAUUAAUUGAGAAAACAAUUGUUGACAUAGAGCCUUCUAGACUUUUUGUAAAUUCUUCUGGAAAAUAUAUAUUGAAUUUACCAUUACCUUAUGUUGUUGAUAUUAAUACAGCAAAAGCUAAAUUUGUUAAUUCUAAAAAAAGAUUAUUUGUAAAAUGA